UGUGAAUUGUGUGCUCUUUGGUUCGAUAUUCUACUUCGCAAUGGUUACGAAAUCGCCCUCAUCUGUGGCCAAUGAUGCAGAUAUUACAGCUGAAAAAGGGUCAACCGUCAAAAAGAGGAGCAUGAGAGUUCCAACGAAAGAGCACAAAGCUAAAAGAGAGAAGAUGAAACGCAGUCACAUGAAUGAGCUUUUUCUGGAGCUAGGUCAUGCAAUCGAACCGUCUCAGCAGAACAAUGGUAAAGCCUGUAUAUUGAACACUACCACUCGAUUACUACGAGAUCUCACUGUGCAGUUGGAAGCUCUCAAAAAGGAAAACGCGGUUCUGCUUGCUGAAUCUCGCUAUGUUACUGUCGAGACAGAUGAGCUGAGAGAUGAAAACAGCAUGCUCGAGGUCGAGAUCGAGAGACUGCAGGAUGAGCUUCGCGAGAAGACGCACUCUUCUGAUUCAGAUCAGCCCACAAGCAGAUCGACGCAAAUGCAAGACCAACCAAUCGGGCCGCUCUACGUCAUUCCAAUCCAACAAGAGCCCCAUCCCUUCACCGAUGCAGAAAACACGUCAGCCCCGCCCAAUCCUCCCUCCAUUGUGAGCCGGCCGCAUCCGAGGUACCCGAGCCCGUCAGAUUCCUGGCCUCUGGAGCUCCUCUCCAAGCACCAAACAGCGGCCCACGAAGGCUCAAACGCGAGCAAGCCAUAGUUUAAAUGCGAACCUUGGUUGCUUAAAAGAGGUUAAAGAAGCAUCGGAUCGAAUACGAUAACUGCGGGGACAUAUAAUUGAGAUUUUGAUGAGGAAGGAGUUGGUGUAAUACAUGUUGCUUCAGGAUGCUUAGUUUUUUCUCUUUGUUGUGUGUUUCUUUUUUAGUUGUCCAUCAAUGGUUCUAGUAGUAUUGUAUAUACUUAUUUGGGACUAAUGCAAUGUAUAAUCCUGUAGUUUUAUGUCAUAGAAUUGUUCCCAAAAAGCCUUGGAAUCAAGGAAAUGAAAUGAACCAUUUUGCUAGUUCAAA